AUGCACCUUCUUGAGGGGCCCCCAAGGGGGCCCUCAAGGGGGUCCCUCCACAAGGGGCCCCCAAAGGGGCCCCUCCACAAGGGGCCCCCAAGGAGGCCCCUCAACAAGGGGGCCCCAACGGGGUUCCUUCAGAAGGGGGCCCCAAGCGGGGCCCUCAACAAGGGGGCCCCAGAGGGGCCCCUCAACAGGGGGGCCCCAGGGGGGCGCCUCAACAAGGGGGCCCCAGGGGGGCCCCUCAACAGGGGGGCCCCAGGGGGGCCCCUCAACAGGGGCGCCCCAGGGGGGCCCCUCAAUAAGAGGGCCCCAGGGGGGCCCCACAACAAGUGUUGUCUUGAUGCGGAGCAUUAA